UCAAGGCGGUCAUUUUGGUAGUUAACGUUGUGUUCCGGUUCUGGGGCGCCGGCUUGGUGCUGUGGGGACGGGCGAGGAGGCGCGGGAGGUGGCGCCGUCCCCGCGGCCCAGGCGGCUCUGAGGCUCGGCGACGCCGCCCGGGGCCCCGCGCCAGGCCCGGGCCAGGGAGCGCCGCGCCCGGCGCCUCGUCUCCCGCCGCUCCCGGCCCCGCUCCGCCCCCGAGGCCGAUGGCGGCGGCCGCGCGGAGGGAGCCGGCUCAGGUUGGAGGCUCCGGACCGCCUGUCAAGGCUGAGGGGACAGACGAAGAGGCGUCGCCCCGUGGCCCAGGCGGCUUUGAGACUCGGCGACGCAGCCCGGCGCCUCGUCUGCCACCGCUCCCGGCCCCGCUCCGCCCCCGAGGCCGAUGGCGGCGGCCCCGCGGAGGGAGCCGGCUCAGGACAGUGUGACAUUUCACGAUGUUGCUGUGUACUUCUCCCGGGGGGAAUGGAGGCUCCUGGAUGAGGCUCAGAGACGCCUGUACCUGGAUGUGAUGCUGGAGAACUUUGCGCUUUUAUCCUCUCUGGGUUGCUGCUGUGGAGCAGAGGGUCUGGAGGCUCCCUUUGAACGGAGCGUUUCUGUAGAAGUUUCAGCUGCCAGGGCUCCCAAGGCAGCCCCAUCUUCCCAGAAGACCCACCCCUGUGAGAUGUGUGGUCCAGUCUUGAGAGAGAUUUUCCACUUGGCUGAGCAGCAGGGAACACAACACAGCCUGAAGCUGUUGAGGUGUGGGGCUUGUGCGAAACAGUUUGAGUUCAGUGCAAAGUUUCAACGGCACCAGGAACAGCACAUGGGGGAGAAACCCUUCAGAAGCAGUGUGGAAAUGGCCUCAUUUGUGAAAAGCUGCAGAUUCCAUGUUUCGGGGAAGCCCUGUCCGUCAGGGGAGGUUGGGAAGGACUUCCUGGCCAGCUUGGGACAUCGACAGCAACAGACCACUCAUACCAGGGAGAAGCCAAACAAAAUCAUCCAGUGUGAGGCCACUUCACCAAGCAGAAGUCAUUACACCUGGGGAGAAUUCAAGAAAGCCCUCAGCCCCAAAGGCACACUUAUUCAGGACCAAGAUGUCCACACUGGACAACAGUGUUUUGUGUGCCGUGAGUGUGGGAAAACAUUCAGGUACAAAUCCUCAUUUGUUAUGCACCAGAGAGUCCACCCUGAAAGAGGGCUUCAUGUGUGUAGAGAAUGUGGCAAAUCUUUUAGGCGAAGCUCGGCCCUUGUUCAACAUCGAAGAAUUCAUUCUGGGAAAAGGCUGUGGAAGUGUAGCAAAUGUGGGAAAUCCUUAAGCCACCAAUCUGUCCUCAUUGAUCCCCAGAGAGGGCACAGUGGAGAGACCAGCUUUGUGUGCAGUGAAUGUGCAAAACCUUUUAGCCAUAGCUCUGUGUUCAUUCAGCACAGGAGAGUUGAAGUUGGAGAGAGGCCUUAUAAAUGUAGUGACUGUGGGAAAUCUUUUACCUCUAGCUCUGCCCUCAGUUACCAUCAGAGAUCUCACACAGGAGAAAGGCCUUAUGAGUGCAGUGAUUGUGGAAAGUCUUUUAUCUCCAGAUCUGACCUUCGUUAUCAUGAGAGAGUUCAUUCUGGAGAAAGGCCUCACAAGUGCAGUGAAUGUGGCAAAUGUUUUAUCACUCGUACUGCUCUCCGUUAUCAUCACAGAGUUCACACUGGAGAAAGGCCUUUUGAGUGUAGUGAAUGUGGGAAGUCCUUUACCCAAAGAUAUCUCCUCAUUACACACCUAAGAGUUCACUCAGGAGAAAGGCCUUAUGAAUGCACUGAAUGUGGGAAAACUUUUACUUCCAGCAUUAACCUUCGUCAACACCAGAGAGUUCACAUGGGAGAAAGGCGUUAUGAGUGCCGUGAGUGUGAGAAAUCUUUUAAAAAUAGGUGCACACUCAUUCAGCACCGGAGAAUUCACACAGAAGAAAAUCCUUAUGUGUGCAGUGAAUGUGGGAAAUCUUUUUCCUGUAGUUCUACCCUCUAUUAUCAUCAGAGAGUUCAUACAGGAAAAAGGCCUUACACAUGUGGUGAAUGUGGGAAAUCUUUUACUUCUAGUUCUGCCCUUCGUUAUCAUCAGAGAGUUCACACAGGAGAAAGGCCUUAUGAGUGCAGUGAAUGUGGGAAAUCUUUUACCUCUAGCUCAAGCCUCCGUUAUCAUCACAGAGUUCACACUGGAGAAAGACCUUAUGAGUGCAGCGAAUGUGGAAAAACCUUUAAGGAUAGAUCACAAUUCAGUAAACACCAGAGAGCUCACACUGGAGAAAGGCCUUAUGAGUGUAAUGAAUGUGGGAAAUCUUUUAGCCAAAAAUCUAACCUCUCAAUACAUCAGAAAAUUCAUAAUAGAGAAAGGUCUUAUGAGUGCAGAGAAUGUGGCAAAUCUUUUACCUCUACCUCUGGCCUUAGUUAUCAUCAGAGAGUUCACUCAGGAAAAAGGCCUUAUGAAUGUGGUGAAUGUGGCAAAUCUUUUAUCUCUAGUUCCCACCUUCAUCAUCAUCAGAGAAUUCACACAGGAGAAAAGCCUUAUGUGUGCAUUGAAUGUGGGAAAUCUUUUACCAGUAGUGGCACCCUCACAUAUCAUCUGAGAGUUCACACAGGAGAAAGGCCUUAUGAGUGCAGUGAAUGUGGAAAAUCUUUUACCGUUAAUUCCACCCUCCGUUAUCAUCAGAGAGUUCACACAGGAGAAAGGCCUUAUGAGUGCCGUGAAUGUGGAAAAUCUUUUAUCUCUAGCUCCAAACUCCGUUGUCAUCAGAGAGUUCACACUGGAGAGAAACCUUAUGAGUGCAGUGAGUGUGGGAAGUCUUUUAUCUCUAGGCCCCAUCUCCGUUACCAUCAGAAUUCACACAGGAGAAAAGGUUUAUGAUUGCAGUGAACGUGGGAAGUUUUUUAUGAGAUUAUCUACCCUCUCUCAACAUCAGAGAGUUCACACUAGAGAAUGGCCUUAGAUGGGCAGGGGAAUGUACAGUUUCCUAUUUAGUGGACUGACACCAGAGGAAACUGAGGAGCCAUCUGUUGGAAUUGAUACUCAUACAUCUGAACAUGGCAGUGGGGAGAUUUCCUAUAAGAUUAAGUCAUGAGGGAAAGUUGUGUAAGUAUGUUGUCCUUUCUAAACUGUCCAAGGCUCUUUCUAGAUUUAUGUCACUCCUAGUUUCUGUGGCUAAACCAUUUCGUCUUUACCACCUGGCAGGUCCACACAGUGUGUGUCAGUCACCACCCCAGUGUGUUCAGAGAAGCUGACCUCUGUUCUCCCACGUAUUAGAGCAAGUUAGCAGUCACCUGAGCCCUCGGGGGUCAGCUUUCCCUCUGCCUUGACUACCUUGCACAUGGACCUGAGUCACUGUUGGCCCAGAGAAUACCAUGAGUUGGGCUGGCAGCUUGCAGAGAAUGACUGACUUUUUCAGGACGUGUGGUGUCACAUGAUACUUGGGAUGAACUUUUCCAGCUUCAAAGUCAUGAACUUGAACUGCGUGCUGCACGUUGCUUUGUCUGAUACAAUAAUGAAGGCCUUACAGUUUAAAUCCUCCUUCAUCUAAGGUGUUUAUUUACUGUGUCGGGUAGUUCAUAAACAGAUUUUAGCUCUACAAGCAUGAAGGGGUGAAAGACUUUUUAGGUGUCUCAUACUUUGCCUGAGGAGAGACAGUGUGAUGACAGAAAAUAACUUGCCACUUUUGACAGAAUUUCCAUUGCUGCUCACAGCCUCCCAGGAAAGACUGCAGGGCUUUCUGGUCCUCAUUUGAGGCCUGGAUGCUGUGAUUCAGGAGGCUCAGUGAUGAUCCUGACAAGAGGGUUGGUGUGAGAACUUCAAGUGCAUUUGAGAGUAGCAGAGAUUUUUUUCCUUGUGGGGUUCCCUGACCGAUUAUCAACCCACCCCAGCAGUGAGAGCUCUGAAUCUUAACUGCUAGACCACCACAAUGUAGGGUUGUAAACUUUUCCAAAAAGAGUGGGACAUACAGAUUUUCCUUCCUCUUGAGCCUUUUUUUUUUUUUUUUUUGUAAGGAAGAUUGACCCUGAGCUAUCAUCUGUUCCCAAUCUUCCUCUGUUUUAUGUGGGAUGCUGCCGAGUGUGGCAUGAGGAAUGGUGCUAGGUCCUCACCAGGGAACCCCUGGCUGCCAAAGGACAGCCUGCAAACUUAACUCCUGUACCACCAAGCCGGCCGCAGUCUUGAGCCAGUUUGUAAGGCUAAUGGUAUAGUUCACAUGUACUAAACUGCAUGUAUCUAAAGUGUACAAUUCUGAUAAGUUUUGACAUAGGUAUGAACCUCUGAAACCAUCAUCACAGUCCUGAGAAUGACCUUAGGUGUCUCGGUAUAUUUACAUCACAUCCUAUCGUGAUCUCUGCUCGACCUUCCCACCUCUCCAGCUACCGUAUCAUUUACUUUCCUACAGUAGAUACCUUUGCAUUUCCUUGAAUUUAUAUGAUUGGAAUCAUAAACUGUUUAUUGUUUUUUCUGAUUUCCUUUAUGUUUCAUAAUUAGAGACCCAGCAAUGAUGAUAUAUGAGUAGCUCAUCUUUUGCUGAGUAAUAUCCUUAUCUUUGGAUAUACCCCUGAUAUACCCAUUCAUCUGCUUAUGGGCUUUUAGAAUAUUGCUAGAUUUUUACUAUUGAAAAUAAAGCUGUUACAAACA